UUUGAGGGUUAGAUUGAUUUUGAUACGUCGCACGUGGAAACGUUCAUAUUUUCUUGAAAUUUAUUUAUUUAUCCUCAAAUAUGGUUCGCAAAAAAAGAACAAGGAAGCCUCUUGAUAAUGAAGAGGCAAGUGAUAUGGAAGAUGAUAUCGCAGACAUAGACAUGGAUGCUGUGACAGAUUCAGAGGAAGAAUAUACAGAAACUGAAAGAAAAUUGCUAGAGAAAGUGCGGAAACAACAUACCACUGAAAAUUUUGAUAGUGAAGAUGAAGUUUACAAAUUACAUGAGAGUGAUGAGGAGGAACAGGAUGAUGAUCAGCAAGAUUCGAUGGAGUCUGAUGUUGAAGAAUUACAAGAGGAUCAUGAUAUGCCAGAUGACAGAGCUUGGGGCAAGAAAACAAGAAAUUUCUAUUCAUCAGACUUCAAAUAUACAGAUUAUGCGGUAGCGCCUCAAAAGGAUUUAAUUAAUGCUGAUAUGGAAGAAGAGGAGGGAAAGAAGCUGCAUUUGCGAUCAAUGGAACAAUAUUUAGAUCUUGACAGCAUGAAUAUCAAUCAAGUAGUACAAAUUUUAACUGAUAGGAAAAGUGAUCAAAAAGAUAGUAAACAAAUAUCUGAUAAGGAAUCUUUUAUGUUUAUGGUCAAUAAUUAUAAAGAUUGUAUGACAGAAGCAAGAGAUAUUUUGGCACCCUUCCUCAAACUGGUUGAAAAUGGAACAUGUCCUGAUUGCGACGCUGUAACUUUAAUUAGAACUAAAUAUUAUGUUUUAUUAAAUUAUUGCAUCAAUAUCUCUUUUUGCUUGAUACUAAAAGCUAAAGGUUUGCCAGUAAAAACGCAUCCAGUUACAAAAUGUCUAAUACAUUAUCAUAAAUUGCUCGAUCAAUUGCAAUUAGAACAAGGAAAUUUAUGGGAACAAGUGGCAGAGAUAGUUAAUGCAGUUAAGGAGGGUAAACCUAUUUAUUGUAUAUCAGAUGGUUCUAAAAUACAAACUCGUAAAGAUAUUCCAAAACAGACUGGUUUAAAAAAGAAAUCAACACAUAAAAAAGAAACAUUAAUAGAACAAGUCGAUCAAAAACAAUUACUAUCAGAUAGUAUGGAAGAAGUAGAUCCAGAUGAAAAAGCUAUAGAUGAUGAAAAGGAUAAUGCCAUGAACGUAGAUCCUAUAAUCAAAGGGGAAGAAAAAAGAGCGAUCACUUAUGAAAUGGCAAAGAAUAGAGGUCUUACACCUUAUCGUAGAAAGGAAUUACGCAAUCCUCGAGUAAAACAUAAAAAUAAAUACCGUAAAGCGUUAAUUCGUAGAAGAGGCGCGGUAAGAGAAGUCAGAAAGGAGUUGAAACGUUACGAAGGAGAGAUCUCGGGUAUCAAAGCUGGUGUGAAAAAGGGCAUUAAAUUAAAAUUAUAAAAGGAUUUUACUCAUACAUAUAUCAAUGAAAAAUUGAUAUUAAUGAAAUUAAUCUCGUUCAAGAACUAAGAAAGCAAAAUCAUAUAUAAACAUUAUUAAUCCCAAUAUUCCAAUUGAUAAUAAUGU